UUAUUCUCUCAUUUGUUCUUCUGCUUCACAAUUUGGUCUGAAAAGACACAAUAUCCGUCCGAUGCAGUAGUGGUUACAAUGGCCGAUUCAGAGAAAUUGACGGCUUUGAAAAAGGCUUAUGCCGAGAUAAUUUUGAACACGGCUAAAGAAGCGGCGGCGAGGAUAAUGGCGUCGGAAAGGAAGGCUCAACGGUACCAGCAGGAGCUGUUCGCGGCCAAAGAUGAGGCAUUGCGUAUGUUGGUUAGGUUGAAACGGAUGUUGGAUGCUAGGGCAAAUGAAGCGGAGACGAUGUCCUUAAAUCAACAGAAAAAAAUCGAAGAGCUGGAAGCACAGCUGGGGGAAGCAGAGGAUAUAGUUAGAGAUCUUAGAGCAGAGUUGAGAGAAGCUCAAGAUGAGUUGGAGAAGCUGACCAAAAAUCCGGUCCGGUGUUCAGGCAAACAAAAAUCAGAACAUGAUGUUGCUGCUUGUGAAAAACUGCCAAAUGGAGAUACAAUCAGCAAUUUCGGGUCUGUUGUAUCUUCUCAACUAGAUACACAAACUGACAUUGUGACGGUUUCUGACAUCAAGAGUUCAAGAAAUGUGGGUAUUAAGUGUUCUUGUAAGGAUAAUUGCUACGUUUGUAACCCUGAUUUUGCCUCCAUAGUGAUGAGACGAAAAGAGCCUGAUCUGUAUAGAAAUGGGUGCACUCAGAGGAUUCGUGCACUUGAAAGGUGUCUGUUGAAUGAAAAUUUAUCUCCUUCGGGGCAAGUAGAAGAUGCUAAGAUUGAAGACGCUAGAGAAGAUGAAAAAGGGAGGGAUAUGCAAACUAAAGUUUCUCGACCUGAGGAAAAAAUAGACGAGUUCAAAGUAAUGCAAACUGAUGUUCAUAACAUCAUUCAAGCACUUCCCGUUAGUCAUUUUCGCAAGAAAAGGAAAAGAGCUGCUAGAUACAAGAAAAAUAGGGUUUCCUCAUCUAUGGAUAUGCGUGACCAGGUUGUAGCAGACGAGAAAGAGUUAUCAAGGCUGGAGAGUGGAUCUGCUGAGAAUUUAGGGGUUGCAUCUUGCAAACUGGAUGUCGAGAUGGUUGAUGUGUCUUCUGUAAACUUGGAUGUUAAAGUGUCUGAAGUUACUGAAGGGUCUUCUCCUCAACCGGUAAAUAAUAAGUUUCUCAUGUACACUUUCAAAAGAAAGCGGAAGAAGGAUUCUUUGAGCAGCCCCGACAGAGAUGGCUCACUUGACAAGGACACUUCUAAAAGGAAGAUGGAGGAUAAACAAAAUGGUUCUCUAGACUCUGAAAAAUCCUCAUUGACAGCUGAAUCAUCUCGAGAUAGUCGGAGACUAGCACAAGUGGCUCGCCAGCUCAUAUCAUUAUCGGAAAAGAAGUGGAGGUAGCGGUGCAUGAAUGCCGGGGAUGCUGAACAGAAGCAGCCUCUCUGUCUCUGACAGCAUGACAACAUAUAUGUUGUUGAGCUGGUGUUUGAUUACAACAUAGGUGAAUGAAUAUGGAAGGGUUACUAUAUUCAUUACAAGUCAACAACGUUGUUGUAUGUUUUUGGUGCUGUUUUGGUCUCGUUGUUAUGGAAUAUAUAUCAACAUCUAACUCUCUUGAAUUA